AUGGGAGAGGAAGUUGUUCAGACUGUUAGGAGGGUGGUGCUUGCGAAUAGUCUAAAGGGUAUUUUGGGUCGACUUAUUGGGGAGGCUCAAAGUGCUUUUGUUCCAGGGCGGUCAAUAGUUGAUAAUGUCUUAGUGGCUUAUAAGGUUAAUCAUUCUCUUAAUAGACAAAGGGGUGUGAGGGGAGAGAAGUAUGCGGAUUUAAAUUUAGAUAUGAGUAAAGCGUAUGAUAGGGUAGAGUGGAAUUUUCUAGAACAUGAAAUGCUCCGAAUGGGGUUUGACAGCUUGUACGUGGACUUCAGCAAAAUCGGCGACAGCAAAGGCGAGACUUCUUCUUCGAAGUGCGUCCGAGAAUUACAGCGGAGUUUGCGACGUACGACUCCAUCGGCGACUGCUGCAACGAGCGAUUCGACCGACGAUUGCGACGUCCGUGAACUGCUGCGAUGA